AUGUUGAUGAAAAGGCGCCGCCCCCCGCGCCCGAAGCGCGCCGCCGCGGAGCCUCCGCCCUGGGACGAGCGGCACCACCUGUGCGACUCGCAGAACGAACUGAAACCGCCGCAGCAGCGGCAGUACUUCUCGCGGCCUCAAUCGUUGCCGGAGCUGCGGAGUGACAUCUCCAGGAGGCCAAACUGCAAGUCCAUCCUUCACAAGCUGGACACAGAUGAGGGUGACAAGUGCCCUAAGUGUUUGAAUCCAUACCUCUUGGACUCCGUCCACUGCCGCCGCUGCGGCACUCAGCGUCAGCAGAUGCCAGCGCAAGCUGCUUCCUUCCUGACCGCUGACGCAGGGCCCUCGGUGUGCCCCACACGGCAUGCCAUGGGGGCCGGAAGCAUGGUGGACCGGGAUGGAGUGAAGUGUCCUUGGAACAAUCGCUGGAGCGCCGGCAUCCAUAUCCUCAAUGAGUGCAUGCACCCACUGCACCGGAGCUCCUUCGCCACAAAGAGCCUCUUUGAAACGGCGCCGUCGCAGCAGUGGCGACGGCACCUCGAUGUCCAGGAUGAGUUUGGCGGCUGGCGGCCCACGGGCACGAGCAAGAUGCCAAUCUUUUCAGCCCUGGGUGUUUGA